CCUCACUAGAAUUUCUGUCGAUUUCAGCGUAUCAUAUUCGCCAAAUAUUCGUACAGGGGUGUCGAAUAUAUCGCCGCCCACCCUAGUCCGAACAGCUACCUGAUUAGCGCCGAAACAGGAGGUGGCACAGCCACGCAACAUGCAGCCGACAGGCAGACAGGAGCCGACACCGCAGCAACUGCAACCCAGCAAGCAAUAUCAGUUAUGGGUCCCAGGGGCGGGGGGCAAGGCCAUCUACCGGCAGAUGCGGAGAACGCGGAACGAGUCGGCGGGGUAGCUCGCCCGCGGCCGGUUCUGCGUUUCCGCGGUCGUGAGACUAAAUCACUAGUCUCGGCUGAGGCUUAUAAGACUUUUGUUUGAACCCCAACGUUGGUUGCUGCCUCAGUUGAUGUUAAUUGGCGUCUUCCGGUAGUGUAAAACUGGAACUCGACCAUGUCGUUCGCAGACGAGGCAAACUCGGCCGUGCCCACACUGCCGAGCACCCACUCGGGAAUCCCCACAUUCCUCCUUGAGAAGGCGCAAAAGGCCAAAGAGGGCAUAUUCGAGACCAGGACCAAGCCCGCAAACGAGAGACAGCGCCUGCCCGUCGUGCCGCUGGGCAUCGAGCGCGAUGAGUUCACCAAGGCGCUGGCCGAGCUGCGGGGCCAGCUGGGCGCCGAGCACGUCGAGAUCAACGACAAGCCGCUCAAGGACGGAUGGUACAUGGAGCAUCCCAAUACGCACGACAUGAUGACUAUUCUCGACGAGGAGGAACUGGUUGCGUCGGCCGUGGUGUAUCCCGGCAGCACCGAAGAGGUGCAGCAGGUCGUGCUCUGGGCCAACAAGUACCGGAUCCCAAUCUUUCCCAUCUCCAUGGGACGGAACCUGGGAUACGGUGGGGCGGCGCCGCGGGUGCGCGGCUCGGUGACGGUCGAUCUCGGGCGGCGCAUGAACCAGAUCCUCGACCUCAACCCGGAGGACUACACGUGCCUCGUGGAGCCAGGCGUGUCAUUCUACGCCCUGUACGAGGCCAUUCAGGCCAAGGGCUACGCGCACAUGUGGAUCGACACGCCGGAUAUUGGCGGCGGCUCGGUGCUCGGCAACACCAUCGACAGGGGCGUCGGGUACACGCCCUACGGCGACCACUGGGCGUGCCACGCGGGGCUCGAGGUCGUGCUGCCGACGGGCGACGUCAUCCGCACCGGCAUGGGCGCGCUGCCGGGAAGCAACACGUGGCAGACGUUUCCGUACGGCUUCGGCCCGUACUCGGACGGCAUCUUCUCGCAGUCCAACUACGGCAUCGUCACCAAGAUGGGCAUGACCCUGAUGCCGAACCCGGGCGGAUACGAAAGCUUUAUGUACACAUUUCCCAAGGAAGAGGACCUAGGCCCGCUGAUGGAAAUCAUCCGACCGCUGCGCAUCAGCAACAUCCUCGAGAACGUCGCCCAAGUGCGGCACGUCAUUCAAGCGCUCGCGGCGCUCGGCCAGCCCCGCUCAAAAUUCUUCACCGGCUCGGGCCCGAUCCCGGCCGAGGUGGUCCACGCAGCGGCCACCACCGCAACGGCCGUGGGCGACUACACGUGGGCAUACUACGGCAUGGCGUACGGGCCGGCGCACAUCCGCGCGCACAAGCUGGCGCUGGUGGACGCUGAGUUCAAGCGGAUCCCGGGGGCGCGGCGCGUGGACCCGGCGACGCUGCCGGCCGACGAGUACUUUUGGGCGCGGGACCGCGUCGCGGCCGGGGUCCCCGACAUUCACGAGCUGCGCUGGGUCAACUGGACGCCCAACGGCGCACACGUGGCCUUCUCGCCCGUCAGCCCGAUCCGCGCGGCCGACGCGACCGCGCUGUUCGCGCUCGGCAAGCGCGCGCACGACCGCUACGGGAUUGACUUCUUCCCGGCCUUCUGUGUCGGGCUGCGCGAGAUGCAUCUGAUUGUCGAGAUUGUGUUUGACCGCGACGACGGCGCGGCGCGGCGGGCCGCGCUGGAUUGUCUGCGGGACAUGAUUGACGAGGCGGCGGCGCUGGGGUACGGCGAGUACCGCACGCACCUGGUGCUCAUGGACCAGGUUGCGAGCACGUACAGCUGGAACGACGGCGCACUGAUGAAGUUCAACGAGCGCCUCAAGGACGCGCUCGACCCCAACGGCAUCCUCGCGCCGGGCCGCUGCGGCAUCUGGCCCAAGAGGUACCGCGGCCGCGGCUGGGAGAUGACGCGCGAGAGCGGGCAUGUGUCUGAGGGUAGCGGUGUUGAGCCGGCGGGACUGUGAGGUGAGUUGGCGUCGUUGGACGUGGCUCCAUGUCUCAGGUGCAUGUAGUUUGAGACAGCUGCAUUCAAUAAUAAGAAGU